UUUGCACGAUAGGAUGUGAUGGCAUAGUGGCGCCAUCUGGGUUUCAUUCUAGGAUAUGCGAUUCCAUAUAAGCUGAACGAGUUUUGUUUAAUCGUACAGCGCCUUUGCAACUUUCACCCGCAAACUGUUGUCAUUCUCUUGUUCAGAAAUCAUGAUGCGCAAGACAACUUUGUCCCUGGCUCUUGUGCUAUAUUUGACAGUUGGAAUUCCCCAUGUUCUAGGGCAGUCAGAAGCCAAUAACAGCACGAGUCAAGUCACAGAGGACACCACUGUGGAGGACCCCUAUUACCAAGUCUUUGAAGAUUCUAUUUAUAACGCUGUGGAAACUAUCAAACAGAAUGUAAAAACUUCCGGCAGACGUGACCUAGACCUUCAAAGGCGUGGAUGGUUAAAGAAAGUAUGGAACGUCGUCAAGCCCGUUGUAAUAUCUACAGUAGUAAAAACCGCUGCUAGUGCACUGUUGGGCAAGAGAGCCCAAGAAGAGGAAAGUUUAGAAGACUUAAAGAUAAGAAUUCCUGCAAAAAGAGGUUGGCUGGGCAAGGUCUGGAAAGCAGUAAAAACCACGGUGAUUCAGAAAGCAGUGACGUCUGUAUUGGGUAAAAGAGCGUCCCCUGGCGGAGAGGCAACGGGAAACAAUAACACACUGGCAAUAGACUGCACCAAAGAAGAACGAGAGAAAUACCUGGCCAUCAAGAAUGCGGCAGACGACUUGUGUGCUUUGGCAGACAUUUCAAACAUCUAUCAAUGCCAAUAAACGAAACAGGAAAAAAAAAUGUGUACAAGCAAGGAAGUACAAUAAAAGUAGCAACACAAAACAUCUGUAUUAUGUAAUCAUAUUUUUAUAAAUGAAUAAAACAUGAUCUGCGAUUAUUCUGAUAA